ACUUAAGAGGCGUUUCGUCCCGAGGAGUCACCUGAAAGUGGGCUUGCGGCUGUUCUGUAUACCUUUGGAUAAUACACACCUGAGUGGACUGAGAUUUUAUUUACGCACUGUUCAGCUCUUCGUCGGCUGAUCGCGCAACUCAGUAACCAACUGCGGGAAACACGCACCGUCAAGUCCAGUUUCGUCUUCGGAGAGAGCGGGAAGAUGUCCAGCGCACCCGGACGAGGCCAUGGGGGCCUUAACCAACUAGGCGGCAUGUUUGUGAAUGGACGGCCAUUGCCGGAGGUGAUCCGCCAGCGCAUCGUGGACAUGGCGCACCAGGGCGUUCGUCCCUGUGACAUCUCCCGUCAGCUCCGGGUUAGCCAUGGCUGCGUCAGCAAGAUCCUGGGCCGGUACUACGAGACGGGCAGCAUCAAGCCUGGCGUGAUCGGCGGCUCCAAGCCCAAGGUGGCCACACCCAAGGUGGUGGACAAGAUAGCGGAGUACAAGCGGCAGAACCCCACCAUGUUCGCCUGGGAGAUCCGGGACCGGCUGCUGGCCGAGGGCGUUUGUGACAACGACUCGGUCCCCAGUGUCAGCUCUAUCAACAGGAUCAUCAGGACCAAGGUACAGCAGCCAUUCAACCUGCCGCUGGACUCCAAGGGACUGAGCCCUGGUCACAUGCUGAUUCCCAGCUCGGCGGUGACGCCCCCAGAAUCACCACAGUCUGACUCUCACGGCUCCACCUACAGCAUCAGCGGGCUGCUGGGCAUCACGCAGACAGGACCUGAAGGCAAGAGGAAGCAUGAUGAAACUGACGAGGACAGCUGCCGGCUCAGAAUGGACCCCCAGACCACUAGGGGGAGUUGUAGAAAGCAGCUGAGGCCUGAGCACCUGCCCCCUCUCCACCUGGAGGCUCUGGACUGCGGCUUUGAGCACCAUCACUGCCCCUCCGAGACCUUGCCCUCCACUGGCCAUGGCAAAACUGAGCAGGCCCUAUAUCCGCUAUCGCUCGUUAGCGGCAGCCUGGAUGGAGGCAAAGCGAGCUCCCCAGCAGGCCGCAGCCUGGCGGCCCCCCACAGCUACUCCGUGGUGGCAGACCCUCUACAGGCCCCCCCAAUCUGUCUGAAACAGGAAAUGUCCCCAGAAGUGAGCAGCACCAGCGACUCCCCUGGCGACGUGGCCAGCUCCGCCUUCAUGGAGCUCCAGCCAAUCGCAGCUUCCGUCUCUGCUUGCAGCGGCGGGGGUGGCUCCUCCCAUCUCUCUCAUGCUUUCCGUCCAUUCUCCCCUCAUGGUGCAGUGUACGGGCAGCUCAGCACCCAGUCUCUCAUAGCAGGUAGAGAAAUGAUGGACUCCAGUCUGCCUGGUUACCCUCCUCACAUCCCGGCUAGUGGCCAGCCCGGCUUUUCCUCGCCCACCAUCGCCAGCAUGGUCGCAGGUGCUGAUUAUUCCGGUCAGGCAGCGUACACACACACCCCGUACGCCUCUUACAGCGAGACCUGGAGGUUCACCAACUCUGCCAUUCUUGGUGAGAUCACCACACCCGGAAACACCCAACAGCUUCAUUGUGGUGGUCCUGAGGUUUAAGGUGGUCCUGCAGUUUAGGGUAAUCCUGAGGUUGAAGGUGGUCCUGCAAUUUAGGGUGGUCUUAAGGCUUAAGGUGGUCCUGCAGUUUAUGAUAGUCCUGAGGUAUAAGUGGUCCUGCAGUUUAGGGUAAUCCUGAGGUUGAAGGUGGUCCUGCAAUUCAGGGUGGUCUUAAGGCUUAAGGUGGUCUUGCAGUUCAGGAUAGUCCUGAGGCUUAAGGUGGUCCUGCAGUUUAUGAUAGUUCUGAGGUAUAAUGUGUUCCUGCAGUUUAGGGUAAUCCUGAGGUUGAAUGUGGUCUGACGGUUUAGGAUAAUGUUGUGGUUUAAGGUGGUCCUGCAAUUUUAGGGUGGUCUUGAGGUUUAAGGUGGUCCUGCAGUUUUAGGGUGGUCUUGAGGUUUAAGGUGGUCCUGCAGUUUAGUCUGGUCUUGUGGUUUAGGCAGCUCCUACAGCUUAUAAGUCCUCCAGUGUAAAAUGUACAUUCUCUUAUUAUGUCAUGGAGCUUUUAUGGUCUUAUGAACCUGAGUGGGAUAAAAGGCCUGUGACAGUGAAAAAUCAGGUAUUUGUACAAAAGCAGGUUCACCAAGCAGGCCACACAUCACAGUGGAAGCUGAGCUGUAAUUUUCAAUCAGUUGUCGUAGAAAGCAGCUCUGCUUGAAUGGGGGGGGGGUUAGCCCCGACACUCAUGCUGAACAGCCGUCCUCCAUCCUGCAGUCACAAAUCACUCCUUUACUCAGUGCCCCCCAUUCUAAGAUAAUGUAUUCUAGUAGGAUAAAACGACAACCACAGGGCAAAGAUAACCGCUAGUGACUUAAUGCACACAGUGAGCUCAUUAAAGGAUUAACCAUUAACCAGUGCUGACCAGCCCCACCAAUAUCAAAGGAGUUUUAAUUAGCUGCUGCUCUGAAUCACUGGCGAAUGCUUUUGCAGGGCUGCCCAAGUUAUCAUGUAGGAAACUACGCUGAAAAGAAAGUGGCCGUACGUUUAUACUGGCCGUGUGGUGCAGCCUGUCUACAUGUAAGGGCUGUUCAAUCACUUUGUGUGAUUCACACUCAGGGUCUUGAGGAGUUAAGGAAUGGAAACGCAUGAAAAUCAUCCUGUCCAAAAUCAUGCGCCCAUUGGAAGGAAAACACUUGAGCAGUAUUUUAGGAAUGAAU